CGCUACUAUAAAAACCCCCCCUUCACAGUCUCCACCUCCGCCUCAAAGCUUCCACCUUUUCCCUUUUUUUGGCAGGUUUUCACAAAAAGGGAGGGGCCCUCUUCUGCAGAAACCCAGCAGAAUGUGCGGAGGCUCAAUCAUCUCCGACUUCCCAAAGCCGCCUGAUGGGCCUAAGACGGUGACCGCCGGCGACCUGUGGCCCGAGAAGAUGGCGCCAAAAUCGUCGACGGUGGAGAUUGAGGAUGACGACGACGCUGAUGCUAUUUUUGAAGCCGAUUUUGAAAAGUUUAAGGAUCCUGAGCUUGAUGAGAUGGAAGCGUUUGAUGUUAAGCUUUUGUCUUACCCUACAAAGCCAGCUACUGUUAAAGAAUCUCUAAAGCCUGUUGAGCUCAAGGGGGAUGCAGAGAAAUCUGCAAAGAGAAAGAGGAAGAACCAGUACAGAGGCAUUCGUCAGCGUCCAUGGGGAAAAUGGGCUGCAGAGAUCAGGGACCCUCGCAAAGGAGUUCGAGUUUGGCUAGGAACAUUCAGCACUGCUGAAGAAGCUGCUCGUGCUUACGAUGCUGAAGCUCGUAAAAUCCGAGGCAAAAAAGCUAAAGUCAAUUUUCCCGAGGAUGAACCAACACCAAAACUCACAUCAUUUAAAGCUCCUAUCCCUGAGUUUUCCAUGAAUCCUGACUUCCAUCUCGAUCCCGAGUUUUACUCUACUUUUGGUUUCUUGGAGGAAAACACAAAUUCUUCGAAUUUCCAGUCUGAUCAGGGGAGCAACUGCUUGGAGUUUUCUGAUUUUGGUUACGGAAAUGAGAUCAGCAAGACACCAGAGAUCACUUCAUUUGCUCCUGCUACUUUAACUGAAGAAAAUGAAUCUGGGAUUUUAGAAUAUGACAAUGGUAAUCCACAGAAGAAUCUGAAGAACAGUUUUGUGGAAGGAGUUUCAGCUAAUCAGACUGCAGCUAUGAAGCUCUCUGAGGAGCUUUCUGCUUAUGAGCCCUAUAUAAAGUUUCUUCAAUGUCCUGAUGUUCAAGUGAGUUUAGAUGACUCCUUCGAUGGCUUCUUUGCCCAGGAUGGUUCGGACGCUGUUAACCUCUGGAGCUUUGAUGACAUGCCGUUGAUUUGAGGCGUUUGAAGUAUCGGCUGAGACAAGCCUAAAAAUGAAUCUAGUUCUUAAGGGGCCAUUGUUCAUAAUUGAGAACAAGACUGUUCGCUGGCUGCAGUGGAGCUUUCGGCAAAACCUUGGUCUAUGGAAAAACUAUGUUUGGCUAGUAUGUCUAUUUUUGUUCAUUUAUGUUAACCUUGUUUAGUGUUAAUCAGUAGUAACUUUUAUUUAAGCGUUCAUCAGUAGUAACUCUUGUUAAGCGUUUCAGUACCUGGACCUGUGUCUUAUGUAUCUGUUGUCUUUAAUCAGCAGUAACUUUGAAGAAGUGAGUAAAGUUUGUUUUGUUAUGUUAUCUGUUGCC